AUGAGUUUCUCAGAUCAAGAAUAUGAUCAACUGAUAGCCAAUGCUUCACAACACUCAGACUUGUCAUUGACCGCAUGCCGAUGGGUGCAGGGGAAUGAGCACAGAUGGGAGAAGUGGUUGCCAAUCAGCUUGAUGGAGAAACCCAAAAUAUACUUGGGUGGGUUGUUUCCUCUCACAGGGAAAUCUUGGUCACAACCUGGAUUAGUGGAAGGUGCCAGGCUUGCCCUAGAUCUAGUGAACCAGGAUGUGACUACGCUACCCAAUCACACGCUGGAGCUGCUCGUGUAUGACACCCAGUGUGAAUACGAUGUAGCCAUGAACCACUUCAUCUCUCUCAUACAGCGAAGAGCUCCACCCAUUUCUGGAAUCCUGGGUACGGGAUGCUCUGACCCUGCGGAAAGAAUUGCUGCCCUGUCCAAGCACUUCAACAUGAUGAUGAUUAGUUAUGGGGCCGAGGCCCAAGACCUGUCAGACACAGAGAAAUACCCGUACUUCUUUAGGACCAUACCUCCCGUACAGCUGUACACGCAUGUUUAUCCUGAGCUGUUUCAAGAAAUGGGAUGGGGUUUAGUCGGAGCCCUGGCUGAAGGUGGCCAGGAACUUCCUGAAUAUCACUUGACCCUACAGGACAGGCUGCAAGUUCAUGGGAUCUCACUGAUUGUUAGAAGGAAGUUUCUCAACAACACCCGCACCCCAGGAUAUUCCGCAAAUUUUGAAAGAGUUCAAGUCACAGAAUGUUAG